ACGUGACGUCAUAUGACGUAUGAUUAAUUAAACAAUUGAAGUUUUUUUAAAGUGAAACAUGUAUCCUGGAUUGGGAGAUCAGUCUGGUGGAUAUUCUGGUGGGUAUCCAGGACAACAACCUGGAAAUUAUUCCGCUGGUGGUUACGGUCAACCUGGCGGACAGGGAGGCUAUGCUCCUGGAGGCCCGGGAGGUUAUGGCGCCCCAGGCGGUCCCGGUUAUGUUCAACCGGAAAUUCAACAAUGGUUCAAUGCAGUAGAUCGUGAUCAUUCAGGAAAAAUUAAUUCUGAAGAAUUACAAGCGGCAUUGGUCAAUGGCCAAGGCAAAAAUUUCUCUGAUAGUGCAUGUAAAUUAAUGAUUGGUAUGUUUGAUACCGAUCACAGUGGUACAAUCGAUGUCAACGAAUUUCAACAGUUAUACAACUACGUUAAUCAAUGGAUAUCAGUUUUUCGAGCCUACGAUCGAGAUCAAUCUGGCAGUAUCGAAGAAGCAGAAUUAUCACAAGCAUUAACACAGAUGGGAUUCCGUUUCUCACCACAAUUUGUUAAUUUCUUAAUUAAUAAAUCGGAUGCGGAAAGUCAUACAAAAAUUACUGUUGAUCAAUUUAUUGUACUAUGUGUACAAAUACAACGAUUUACAGAGGCAUUUAGACAACGUGAUUCAGAAAAGAGUGGAGUUAUUUCGAUUAGUUUUGAAGAUUUUUUAACUGUGGCAUUACAAUGCUCAUCCUAAAAUAUAGUAUUUUUUUAUUUAACGGCUGGAUUUAAAUUAAGCGGAGGGGGUAGGUGUAAAAUUCAUGUAAAUGGGCUGUAAUUUUGAAAGUUGAUUAUUAAUAUCUUGGAACAGGUCCGUGUGCAAGAAUCAUACAAAGGGGGAGGGGAGGAGGUUUAUACUGUAGUUCAUCAUGUUUGAUCAUAUUGCAAUAAAAAAUAAAUGAUAUUACGUCAGAAUGUGAUAUUCAGUCACUAUUUUUCAAAAAGUUAAUUCUGCGAAAUGCAGAAAAAAACUCUGUGCGUAUCGAUCUCUACACCGCGAUGAAUAUUGAGCGAUGCUAAACCUUUUAGCCAAUCUUCAGACAUUGUUGGUUUAAGGUAUGAUUUGCGACGAUACAAAGUUGAACAGAAGACAUUCGUCGCUGUUGUCACAGGAAAAACUGCCAGAACGCGAAGCAUUUGGUAGACAUUUG